AUGAAGCUCGAGGAUGUUUGUAUAGGAUUCAAAGUUCCAGUCAAGAAGAUUGUGGAUGGGGCCGAAGAAGUAUUCAAAGCAGAGGUUCUUGGGACAAGAACAACCAACUCCAGGCUUGAGUUCUAUGUCCAUUAUGUGGAGCUGAACAGAAGGCUUGAUGAGUGGAUAGACUCGUCGAUGGUUGACCUCAGCGACCCUUCUCAGGUGGAGAUUCCUAAGAAAAAGAAGUCGGAAAAGACAAAGACCGAGAAGUCGAGAAGAGACUCGGAAAAGGAGGAUGGAGGAGGGGAUGAAGAGCCUAAGCUGGAGAAGCCGCCUCAGGAUGAAGAGUUCAAGAUGAAGAACGUCAAGAAGAUCAUGCUUCGGAAUUAUCUUGUGGAUGCAUGGUAUUUCUCGCCAUAUCCAAAGGCAAUAGCCGAGAACGACGUGGUUUACAUAUGCGAGUUCUGUCUUUACUAUUUUGGGACAAUGGACAGCCUGACUCAGCAUGCAAGGCAAUGCAAGCUUCGCCAUCCUCCCGGAAGAGAGAUAUACCGGGACGGAGACUUAAGUUUUUUUGAAUGCGACGGGCACAUACAGAAAAACUACUGUAGGAACUUAUCUCUACUUUCAAAGCUGUUUUUGGAUCACAAGUCGCUCUAUUACGAUAUAGAUGUAUUUAUGUUUUAUGUGCUCUGCAGGCUGGAAGACAACGGAUACCAGAUAGUGGGAUACUUCUCAAAGGAAAAGGUGUCUGAGCAGGGAUACAAUCUUGCAUGCAUCUUGACCCUUCCUUUUGAGCAAAGAAAGGGAUAUGGGAGAGUCCUGAUCGACUUCUCAUACCUACUCAGCAAAAGAGAAAAUGUGAUUUCCGGGCCUGAAAAGCCUCUGAGUGAUCUUGGGCUUCUUAGCUACAGAGCAUAUUGGAUGGAGGUUGUUGUAGAGUAUCUUUCAAGACACGACAAAGCAAGCAUCAACGAGAUAUCCAAAGAAACUCACAUAUCUGAGGACGACAUAGUAGGUACUCUUUCUGCAUACAAGAUGUUGAGAAUAAGUGGAAACGAAUUUAUUUUCACAUACAGCGAAAAGCAGUUGCAGAAAGCUCAGAGGUCCAGGGACCGAUGUGUAAAAGGAUCCCUGCUUAAACUGUAUUAA